AUGGCGGCGGGAGAGCGGCGGCGGCAGCUCCCGGCCUGGAUGGGAGCGGCGGGGGACGAGCGGGCGGCGGCGGCCCCGGCCCCCAAGGCCGUGCGGCGGCGGGCGGCGGCGGGGCGCAGGCCGGCGGCGCUGUACUGCAUGAACGAGGCGGAGCUGGUGGAGGUGGCCCUGGCCGUCCUGGCCGAGUGCGAGGAAAGUGAAGAGAAGGCCCGGUCCAGGAGCGAAGAAGAACAGGAGCUCCCACCAACACCAAACGAGGCUCCUGGAAGCACGGCCAACACGGAUGGAGGCAAUGACCACGGUCCGGCAUUUCCAUCCUCUCCUGGUGCUGGUGCUGACGCAGAGAGGACAGGCGGGGAGGACUCUGAGGACGAUGUCCUGAAAUACGUCAGGGAGAUCUUUUUCAGCUAACAUCUUCUCUCCGAAUUCCCCGGAGAAGAGGGCACAGUGGGGAGCGUGUCUCCUCCCGCGGCCCUGAGAGCGGUGGGAGGAGGGACUGGAGGGGGCUGUGCAUCCAUCUGCUGUGUUGGUGCCCUGUGUAGCUGGUAGGAUACCCAUGAAGGCCACAGGGACAAAGGAAGGAGGUACACAGUUCUCCCACCCUGUGCUGGGCUCAGGGGGAUUUGGGUCCAGAUGUGUUAGUUUCUGUUCCACAUUUCAGAGCAUGGACAGAUUAAAGAGGACAUUUGGAUUUCUGUGAGUAUCCCUUUGGUGGGUUGUUGUUGGGCAUGGAGGGGAGCAGGGAGGUGCUGACCUGGAAGACCUUUGCUGGCAGAGCGACAUGGUCCUGGUUCAGCCUUGGGGGCUCCCUUGUCCUUGUGGUUCCUGUCACAGCUGCAGUGGGGCUUGCUGCUGAAUUUGCCUCCAGUCUCUUGCAGUCCUCCCAAUGCUGAGGAAGACGUGCAGGAGCAGCCUGGCAGGGGCCGGCACUGCCCAGAGGAAGCUGACCCCAUGGCAAAGUGCAUGGGGGUCUAGGAAGGGAUGAAGAUGGCUCAGUAUCUUCUUCCCAAUCCAAAAAAGGGACAAACAAACCACCUGAGGCCAGGUGUGAGAGCAUGUAUUGAAAUGAAGAAUUGGUCAAAUCAGCA